AUGCGACAAUUUGUGACGUUUUGUUUGAAGUUCUUGAAUUACGUGGGCAUUUUAAUCGGCUUCACCAGUCUCCGCGUGGAUUACUCCACGCAGAAGGUAGUCAAAUCGAAGCCUGCCAAUUACUAUGUGGUGUUCGCAAAUGUUACUAUGGUGGCCUUGCUGCCAUGCGCCCAUACAGUUUCCAUCAACUACAUCACUGCGAGUUUCAAUAAUAAUUUACUCGCUUUCACCGACUCCGUCAAUUUAUUCAUUUGCUACAUUGUUAUUGUAUUUUCGGUAGUGAGUCGACAUCGCCGCGAAAAUAUUUACAUAGAAAUCUCGGAUGAAGUGCGCAAGCUUGACCUAACCUUCUUCAACAAGUUUACGUUGAAUUCAGGCAUUGAGAAGCGAGCCGAUUGGAUAUUGCUCAUCAAAAUAUUUACCCUCAGUCUGGUGGUGCACGUGCCCAUUUAUGGUGUAUUCCAGCAGGCGAUACGCGUCGAUGCGAAUGUCAUCAUGUUGGCAGUAUAUUCGAGCAUCAUGAAGGGCAUUCUCCAUGGAGUCAUGUUUUUGUUUUUCUUCAUGCUGUGGCUAGUGCGUACGCGCAUAUGGCGAUUGAAUGCACAUCUUAAUGAUCUUCUGCAUAGACAGCUGAGGCUGCAUGGAAGCACGAAUGUGAAUUUGGCAUACAGCAGUGAUGCAUUACUCGCAGCAGAGGAGCUAAGGGAGAUGGCUAGGGUACAUGCACGCCUUAUCGCAAUGCUGCAGCGUCUCAAUGCUGCGUAUAGAUGGCAGGUGAUUGCAGUGCAGCUGACGUAUUUGAUAAGCAACAUUUCGUAUGGUUACUAUAGGGUGGCAACGUUGGAUGAUUCCAUAUAUCAACAUCAGACUAUGCCUUCUCUCAUUUCAUCUUUUGUGGCAAGUACAGUUGUAUUUCUGGACAUCAAUUUACUAUAUUGGGCAGCAGAUGCAACAACGAGUGCUUGCCAACACACCGCCAGCUUAUUGCGCAACUUUCAGGUGUUGUCGUUUAUGGAUGCAGCAUUUGAGCAGCAGUGCGAAACAUUUGCGCUGCAAUUGAAACAACAAAAUAUGCAUAUAAACAUCGCCGGAAUGUUUAAUCUAAAUCGGCAGACUGCAUUGGCGCUCUGGGCCUUUUGUGCGCGCCACAUACUCAUUCUGGUGCAAUUCGACUAUGAGGCGCGCAAUCAUGGGAAUCGGUCAAGUGGUGUCCUGGAGCAUGUUAGCCGUUUGCUACAAUUUGGCGAGAUUUGGGGAGAGGAGUGA